AUGCCCGCGACUGUAGAGACGGAUACGAUUCGUAUCCUGGUGGCGACAGAUAACCAUGUCGGGUUCGAGGAGCGAGAUGCCAUUCGCAAAGAUGACAGUUGGCGGACCUUUGACGAGAUUCUGACCCUAGCACGCACCGAAGAUGUACGAGGCGCCGUUCCUCCCAUACCCGCAACGUUUGCUAAUUUGUCGCAGGUUGACAUGGUCCUUUUAGCUGGCGAUCUGUUUCACGAUAACAAGCCCUCACGAAAGUCAUUGUACCAGGUCAUGCGAACACUCCGGCAAAACUGUCUUGGCCUGAAGCCGUGCCCGCUCGAAUUCCUCUCCGACGCCGCGACCGUCUUCGAAGGCGCAUUCCCCCACGUCAACUAUGAAGACCCCGAUAUCAACAUUUCUAUUCCAGUCUUUUCCAUCCAUGGCAAUCACGACGACCCCUCCGGCGACGGUAACCUCUGCUCGCUCGAUCUCCUGCAAGCCUGCGGGCUGCUCAACUACUACGGUCGAGUGGCAGAGGCCGACAACAUCGAGGCACGGCCGAUCCUCCUGCAAAAAGGCGAGACGAAACUGGCACUCUUUGGGCUGAGCAAUGUCCGCGACGAGCGAAUGUUUCGAACAUUCCGGGAUCACAAGGUCAAAUGGUUCAAGCCCGCUGCUGAGACUGGAGACUGGUUCAAUCUGCUGGCCGUGCACCAAAAUCACCACGCACACACGGCCACUUCAUAUCUUCCAGAAAAUGUGCUGCCCGACUGGAUGAAUCUGAUUGUAUGGGGCCAUGAGCACGAAUGUUUAAUUGACCCUACGCAGAACGCAGAAACCGGAUUCCACGUCAUGCAGCCUGGCUCCUCGGUCGCAACAUCACUAGUACCAGGCGAAGCGGUUCAGAAGCACGUGGCUAUCGUGAGCAUCACUGGAAAGGAGUUCAAAAUGGACAAAAUUCCAUUGAAAACAGUUCGCCCGUUUGUCACGAGAGAAAUUAUUCUAAAUCAGGAUAAGCGCUUCAAGGGCUUGGACAAAAAAAAGGACAACCGGCAAGAGGUCACGCGUAGACUGAUGGAGGUCGUGGAAGAGAUGAUUGAACAGGCAAACGCAGAGUGGGAAGCUAUCCAAACAGAUCAGGAAGCUUUGGAAGAGCCUCCACUGCCGUUGAUCCGUCUCAAGGUCGAAUAUACAGCGCCCGAAGGAGGUGUCUUUGAAUGCGAAAACCCACAGAGAUUGUCCAACAGGUUUGUCGGCAAGGUGGCGAAUACCAACGACGUGGUAUACUUUUACCGCAAGAAGACGGUUCAGCGAAAGGCCACGGCCGAAGCUCCCGUGGAAAUGCUGGAGAGCCUGGAAGACGGCAGCGACAUAGUCAAGGUCGACUCGCUGGUCCAAGAUUUUCUUUCUGCACAGUCACUCAAGGUUCUUCCGCAAGGCCCCUUUAGCGAGGCUGUGAACCAAUUCGUCGCAAAAGAUGACAAGCACGCCAUGGAGCUGUUUGUUUCUGAGCAUCUUACGGGCCAGGUGAAGCAGAUGCUUGGGCUCGAGUCUGACGACGAGGAUCUGAACAGCGCCAUGGAGAUUUACAGGACGAGGGUUGAGAAACAACUGGAGAGUGGUCUCAAGGCGGCCCCCGGACAGCGCCGUCGCGUGCUCCGACCGAAACCGGCGACGUGGGACACUGAUUUCGACGGCGAGUGGGAAGACGCCCCUGACGCCUGGACAUACGAGGCUGUUGGCGAUGGCAGCUUAGUCGCCGGCUCGGCGGCCUCUCGGGUCACCGAAUCACUGCUUGACGAGGAGGAAGCGCCGCCCCCAAAAACAACGCGACGCGCAGCGGCCACCAAAAAGGCCCCAGCGAAGAAAGCACCGGCCAAAAAGGCCCCCGCGAAGAAGGCGCCGGCCAAAAAGGCCACGACGGCGCGGGGCCGCGCCCGCAAGCUGCCGUUUGUGGGGUCGGACGAGGAAGAGGAAGAUGUGUUGAUGGAGUUAGACGAGGAGGAGGAAGACGUGUUGGUGGAGUCAGACGAGGAGCCGGAGCCCGCGCCGCCGCCAAAGCGAGCCACGCGCGUGGCACCGGCAAAAAAGGCCGCGGCAGCUAAGAAGCCUGCCGCAGCCCCAAAGACGACCGCUGCGCCGAGAGCCACGAGAGCCCGACAGGCAACGCAGACUACGCUGGAUUUCUCGCAGAAGUCGGGGACGCAGACCAAGGGCGUUGAGAUUAGCGACGAUGAAAUUUCUGAGGACGAUGCAUUUGAGCCUCCGCCCGCAACAGCGACAAGGUCAAGAAGGCGAUAG